AUCGUAAUGGCGAAGUGGUCAAUGUUAAUGAUACGGAGCGCUAUGAAGGUGGUAAUUCAGAGAAUGUAGCCUUGGUUAUACGUUCUACCGAGAAACAGGAUAUUGGUAAUUAUACCUGUCAAUUGUCGAAUGCCAUUGGCAAAGGUGUUUCCGAACAACAAAUUGAUUUGGAUGUACAAUAUGUACCAAUUGUUGAAGUUUUGAUGAUACCCGAGGGUCCUGUCAAAGAAAGUGACGAAUCGAAUGUUACUUUAUUUUGUAAUAUCUUAGAUGCCAAUCCAUCGGUUUUAACUAAAGUUCGUUGGUAUGCCAAUUCAACAUUGCUCAAGGAAUUGCCAGAUUGUGAAGAGACUAGGGAGGAUUUAUGUCAUAUCGAUCCUAGUAAAUUGCUAUUGGAAAGUAUAGGACGUGGCUUUUUCUAUAAUUAUUCCUGUGAGGGUUACAAUGCUGCCGGCUGGGGACCACGCAGUGAAGAUAAAGAAUUGUUGGUACACUACGAACCCGGACCAGCAACUUUAACACAUUUUCCCUUAAUUGCUGUUAAAAAGAAGAGUGUUACUUUUUCAUGUUCCGUAGAUGAUCCCGGUUAUCCCGAAUCAAAUAGAUUCCGUUGGCUGCGUGGUGGUCGUGGCCCCCUUCAGGAUAUUGUCACCAAGGAUUGGACUGUCGAACCCGUUGGCCUGGACAGUCGCACCAACUACUCUUGCUAUGCAUUCAAUGAGGGCGGCAAAGGUGUCAUGGCCACAGUCAAUUUGGAAGUACAUGCACCACCAUUUUUCAUUAAGAAUUUGCCACCAUACACUGGUAUGCUGCAUACGUCGCGCAAUGCCAAUCUAACAUGUCGCAUCGAGUGUGUGCCACGUUGUGAGAUUUCCUGGCUAAAGGAUGGUGUACCAAUCGAAAAGAAUGAUACACGUUACUUUGUCAAAGACAAAUACAUGGAUGCCUCACCGGCAACGGGUGAUUUCGAAAGUAUGCUUUCGGUGCUGCAUUUCAAUAUGUCCAAUUGGCCAAAUAACAAAUUUGACAUUGAGGGAGAUAAUGCCAAUUAUACAUGCGUAUCCACAGGCAAUACAGUGGGUCCCGGUAUUAAAAGUGCCACUUAUUUCAGUAUUGAAUAUGCACCCGAUAAUACAACGGUAUCAGAAGAAGUUGUUUAUGUAGCAGAGAAUACAAUACCAGGACGUGUCAUAUGCAAAUCAAGAGCUAAUCCGGAGCCCACUUAUGAAUGGCGUUUCAACAAUAAAACUGUUAUACGUGGCAAUGCCUUGAUUAUAAAUACACGCAUGAAGCGCAAUGAUACUGGUCGUUACACUUGUGUGGCCUAUAAUAAACAUGGACGCAGUACAGCCGAAACAUUUAUUGAUGUACAAUUCACCCCACGCUGCGAAAUUGAGAGGCAAGAGAUUGAGGAUAAGGAUACGUUAAUUUGCACAGCAUAUGGUAAUCCGGAAGAGGCCGAUUUUUCAUGGUCAAUUAAGGGUGAUAACGAAACAGUCGAAUGGCUGGGCAACGGUGACCAUAAAGCAUUUAAGGAUAAAAGCUAUUAUGAACUAAAAGAAGAUUAUGCCAUAGCACGUACCUAUCGUUGUGUGGCCAAUAAUACAGCGGGUGCUGGUACAUUCUGUGAAAUCGAAGUUGCCGAACAACUUGCUUGGUGGCAGCGUUGGGAUACAACAACAUUAAUCAUUCUGGUGGCCAGUAUAUUGGUCCUACUGUUGGCUGUCAUUAUUAUUUGUUGUAUUAUUAUUUGCAUUUGUCGUCGUCGUAGACGUCAGGAUAAAUAUAUAUUGCAACAUAUAAUAAAUAGCACAACAACUGCAACUACUAGCAACAACACCUCCACUACUGUUACAACACCACCAACAACAAUAACAACCACUUUAGUUACAACACCCACAUUAAGUGUACGUUUAGGCGGUGAGGGUGCACAGAUACCCAAAUCACCACCCCGCUGGCCAUUGAGACCCGGUGUUAUGGUGCAUGUUAGCAGUGAUACUAAAGAAAAUUUAGCCGUUAAUCGCAUGACUUUAAAACCCACUGCUACAUUGGCUAAUUUGACAGCCAACUCGACAGUAAAUGACAGUUCGGUGUCUUCAUCAACACUUAAUAAUAGUGCUGCCACCAAUACAACACAAACAACAUUACUCAAUGUCACUAGACAAUCUUCUGGUACCAUGACUCUGGGACGUAUUGGUAGACAAGCUAGAAUACAGCAACAACAACAACAGCAACAACCACUGCAUGACCAGCAAGAUUUACAAGCACUUAAGGUGGAGGCUAAUGAGCACGUUAGCAGCAGUAAACAGCAAUUAUCAUUAUGUCAAACUUUACCCAUAAGAGGUAAACAAACAAUUGCAACAAAUUUGACAGUUACUACAACACCUCAUGUAAUAAAUUUAAACACAACAACAGAUGCCUUAACAGAGGAAACAAAUACUUUGGAAUUAACUCGUACACAUCACAAUGAAGAGGAUAUAGUACAACAGGAAAUAUCAACUAAUCAAGGAAAUCCCUCAAACGAAACGGAAGUAACACAUUUGAAUGUUAAACUUUCAAAUUUGAAAAAAGUAGAGCUUUUCUUUAGUAAUAUGUUUUUCAAAAGAUCCACUAAAACCGAUGGCUGUCGUGACAGUCAAAGAAGUCAUGUGGGCUUAUUGGGUGGGAAAUUUUGGAAACGUUCAGAGGCCGCCUCCUCGCAGCAAUCGAGCAAAUCUCCGUUUAGCACAGAACAUCGUUUGAAAGGCAUACGCAGCAGUGGCAGUGGACUGAUCACAACCACAGCACAGGCUCAACAACAAACACCAGUCAAGACUACAACCAUACAACACACUCCACAAACAACACAAGAACAACCUCAACAACAACAACACCCAUUACCAGUAUCAGUGAUCUCAAUGUCGCCUUCCUUAAAUAUCAAUCACCCUCCUCAAAACAUAGCCGCAGACGAACGCCAUGUCGCCGCCAUAAUGCCCAACGACAGAUCCGUAACAACGGUUAUACAAUCUAUACCAUCGACUAUAGUGUCGAGCCGCGUAAUAUCACGAAAUCCCAGUCAGAGUUCGAUACAACGCAAGGGUAUACUGAAAGCACCCACACCACCACCGCGGCCGCCUCCCAUUAUGCGAAUGGCUGCUGCGCCCCUGAAGCGUUCAGCCAGUCAAACGGAGAAAUCGCAGAAAAUCGAAAGAGUUCAAACAGUACAAGAGAAGUCGUCUUCUAUGGCGGAUCCAUUAACGGAACCUGGAGAGUAUGAGAAUUUGCCCUUCCAUGGUCUACAAACGGCUCCUAACAAGUUUACUACUCCUACGACUCCUACAAAUUUUAAUAACAACACAAAUGUGGUGCGCAGUGUACCACGACCCAAGAGACUCAAUGGAAAUAUCAGCCAAAAUACAGGAACAGCAGCAACAACAAUACAAGCAAACUAUUACGAUGAACAUGAAACGGAAACACAGCAGCCACAUACACAACAGUAUUAUCAGCAGCAACAACAACAACAAUACAGUACCAUGCCCUACAAUCGCCAUCCAGCAACUACCAGUGCAUCAGCAACAUUGCCUGGUAUGCAGACAUUAAUACCAAACUCAACAGCAGCAAAUAUUGUUAGAAAUGAUGCCGGUAUUAUAGUGCAUAAUGGCAGCAACAACAAUACAACAGCAGCAACGACAAACACAAAUCCUCAUCAAAUGACAUAUAAUCUCAAUAAUUGCUUUCCCAAAAGCUACACAGAAUACUAUCAACAACAACAGCAGCAACAACAACAACAUCCUCAUUCCCAGCAGCUGCAGCAGCCGCCUCAACAAUUUUCACAAAAAUUUAAUAAUGCAGGUGGCAUAGCUGGCGCCUCCUCUCACCUGAUAAAUGCAAUUGAACAUGAUUUCAAUACAUACGCUGUGGUCGAACGUCAACAGCCACCACAGCAAUCAAAUGCAACAAAAUCAACAAAUCCCUUUUUGGCUGUUAGCAAUUUCAAGAAAUUCGAUACAUCUGGUGAUGAGGAUCUGCAGGCGGGAAACUAUCAGACAGCUUCCAUGAAAAGACAAGGCAAACGUAAAACAUUUGCCGAUAAAUUGGAGGAUAAACGUUUCUAUUCUUUGAAAUUCACCGGCAACAGUAACAAACAGAAACAACAGCAGCAGCAGCAGAGCAACAAAUCAUCAACAGCUGCCGCAGCCUUAAAUAUCAAUCACUCAUUUAAUGGCUCUACCUCUGCAGGCUUAACCGGAGGGGGUGUUUUCGGUUCACUAUUGUCUUCAGCCAAUAAAUGUAAAAGACAUCAUUCUUUUGCUGGUGGUAGCCUUGGCGAUAUUGAUCCCAAGGGCCCUGUAAGAAAUCCUCAUAUGAAUUUCUAUGAUCCUCCUGCUUAUGAGAAUGUUAAUGAUGCCGUGCAGGUACAUAAUGCAGCUGUUAGUGAUAUGGAAUUGCCUGAGGGUCUAAAUGGUUCCGCUCAAACAGCUACUGUUUUAUUGCAUCCCUUGCCGUAUGGCAUUGCGGGAGGAUCACAGGGUCCUAAGAAAAAACAUCACCAACGCCAACACCAGCCUAAAGAGGAUUUAAAUCUUAUAGAACCCGAACGUCUGAGUAUUUAUCGCAGUGACUCGGGCAUUUCGAAUUCAUCAUAUGAAUGUGUAACACCUUUGCCCUCUAGCACACAGACACCGGGCAGUACUCCACCCCCGGGUAAAAUGCCUAGAACUCCUAAAACCCCCAAAACACCCAAGGGUCAUAAGAAUCAAACUCUGGCUCAUACAGCCGUCACCGCCCAUUUUAAUUCGUCGCACAAAAAACCGGCUCCCCGAGUGCCUCCCACUCCUCUCUAUAUGAAUGUUAACGAUCAACAACCGCCUCAGCAGCUUAACUCUAACAAUAUCUCUAAUUUAGAAAGGCCUUCCUCACCCUCUUCAACUAUGGCCACCUCGGCCUAUGAGUCCGCCUCAUCAUCGCAAAAUGACAACACCUGCAAUGAUCCAAUUUCUCUGUCCUCCACUACAUCUCUCUAUAGCGGCGGUGGAGGUAAUAAUAAAUCUUCAUUAAGCGCUAUUAAUCAGCGUUGUAAUCGUCAUCAGCAACCUCCGGAAAUCUCAACACCCGAAGAGUUUGAACAAUAUCAAUUGGGUCAUCAUGCCCAUGCUCAUUCUUCGUCUUCGCUUUCGGUGGCUAGCAGUGUUAGUGCUAGCGGCAGUAAUGCUGGAGGAAGAGUUAAAUGUAAAAAGCAACAACAGCAGCAGCAAAGACUUAAUGGUCAGGGUGCUCUUAUUAAUCAUAUGGAGCUAAACAAACGCAAAUCCCUUGCAAAUAAUCCAUUUUUAGCAACAAAUCCUGCCGCCGCCACCGCCACCACCUGUCAUAAGAAAUUACAUCGACGACAGACUAUCAGCGACCCCUACGCACAUAUCAAGCACAUCAACGAAUGUCGACGACAAUCUAAUAACACCAACAUCAAUAACAGCAGCAGUCACAGCAGCAACAACAAUAAAACCCACAAUUAUUGCGCCAAAUCCGCGAACGCGUUCAAGGCAGCAACAACAACAACAACAGCAAGUGACACCCAAUCAUCAGCACCAGCAGCAGCAACAGCAUGUAGCCCUUAUAAAUCACAACAACAACAACAAACUGGCCUACAACAAUACAACAAAAAUCAACAAUCUACAUCAUCAUUAUCAUACUCCUCAGCAUGUAAUGCAACAGCAGCAACAACAACAUCAUCACGCCAACAAUUUGCCACACAUCAUCAACAACAAAUGCUAAUGCACAAAAAUGCUGUCCACAACAAUAACAACAACAACAAUUGUAAAAUUGCUUCUGAUGAUAAGAAACGUAUACAUAAUGAAGUCAUCAUACAUGUUGCUGAUAAUGAGUAUAAUGUUAAUGCUGUCGCUGCCAAAGCCACCCAUGACUAUCAGGAUAAGGGUGAACAAACAUUUAGUCAACCACAUCGGAGCUUAAAUUGUGAUGUGGUGGAUAGUGUAGAAAAAAAGAAGAGUUAUGUCAAUCAAGUGGUUAGAACUGGUCAUAAUAGAAGUUUGUCUAAUACCACCAAACUAUAUACAACAUUAGAAGAUAACGCAAAUACAACAACAACACCCUCCCAAAUAGAGGGUUUUAUGGAACGUCCUGUUAAAUUACCUUUACGUAAAUAUCAUAGUUUUCAUUUUCAGCCCACACAAACUGUGGCUGGCCAAGACAUAUGUAAGCUACAACAGCUUAGGUUACAACAGCAACAACAACACCAACAAAGUUCUUUAGAAUCCCAAUACUCCUCACCAGAUAUUUCUAGUACGCAACCUUAUGCUAAGCAGGGUCCUUUAGUAUUUCGUCCCUAUAAACUCGACGAAAAUGUUAGUUUCAAACCCAUACAACCUUCCGAAGAAAGUGAGGAUUCGAUUGACUAUGUUAGGGAAUAUGUGGGCACCGUAGAGAUGUUUCUAAAAGAUGAGGAGAAAUAUAUGGACUCGGGAGAUUUUACAAAUUUAACACAGCGUCUGAAACGACAAGAAGACUUUCUAAAUGAUCCCUAUUCCUCGCAAACUUCCGAAGUAGAGGAGGCAAGUUCUAUAAGUUUGAGGGAAUUUAAUGCCGAUUCUCAAACCAACUCUCUAUAUGAGGAUAUACAUUUCAGACCACCAACCUUAGCUCAGACAAACAAAGUUACUCUAGAAACCGUCAAGCCUAGUAGAGAGGAUCUCGGCAAAGGUCAACAUUUUAUUAAUUCUCCACGGGCUCUCAAUUUACUUAAAACUGUUAUAGAGACUGAUUCUUCGACAACGAAAAAUGAACCUGCAGAGAAAUCCUCUCAAUUUAUACAUUCUCCAAGAGCUCUUAAUCUCUUGAAAACUGUCAUAGAAACUGACGCAUAUCAAAGUGAUGCAGAAGAAGAUCAAGUUUGCCAAACUACAGCCAAGAAAGUUGCAACACCAAGACAUUUGGAACACGUAUCAAAUCCUCAUUCCCCCAAAGUCUCCUCCUUAAGUAGAACAAAUCAAGAUACCUCCCCUGCAAAGGUUGAGCCUGAUUACUCGGUGGCUCGGUGUGUCCGUAGAGAAAGUUCAUCGAAAGUCUCUACCAUACGUAACUAUUCCCAGGACUCUAUAGAUAGUGGCAUUAAUAGUCAAGUUUAUAGAACCUCUUCUAACACUUGUGUUCGUAAUGAUAGUGUAAAGUCUUCGGGCUCUUCGAAUGUGUCCAAUUAUUCCAAAACUCUACAAAAUUCUUUAGAUUGUGAGAGUAAUGUUUCAGCUAAUUCCAAUACUACUCAACACUCUUCUAUGACUCAAUCGCUACAAGAUUCUAAAAAUAUUAGAGAAUAUUUCCAAAACUCUCCAAAAGUCUCCACUACCUCCAAAACUUUUGAUAAUUCUGAAAAUUAUACUUUCUUCAUGGAUGAGAAUAGAAAUGCUCAAAGUCAGAUGAUUUCAAGAGAGUCUACAAACUCUCCAAAGGUCUCCCUUUCCUCCAAAAUUUCUGGAAAUUCUGGAACUUAUGCUUUAGUUAUGGAUGAGAAUAGAAAUCCUCAAACUUCAAUAGAUUCUCCUCAAACUACCAACUCUCCUAAAGUCUCCACUCUUAAUAGAACUUCUCAAUUAAGCGAACAUAGGAAAACAGAUCUAAAUGCUAAUAGGAAUCAGCAGAAGAACACAAAUCCACAAGAUUUGCAUAACUCUACAAAAGCUCUCUCUAAAACUAGAUUUACUCAGGAUCACAAAACUCUCUCACAAGAAGCACAAGCUUACAAACUUUCCACUUUAAGUAGCCAAACUGAUACAACAAACUCUCCAAAACGUUCCACAUCAUUUUUAGCCCGAAAAUCAUUGGUGUUUGCUUCUUCUUCUAAUAAGCUAAAAGAUCAGGCAGAAAUCUCUCAACUCCCUUUAGAAGAAAGUAUUUUAACUGAACAGGACUUAGCCAAAGUUUUCAAGCCCUAUAAAGAACCCAAAGACUCAAACCCCUUAGACUCGAAACGACCAGUUUCUACGGCUUUAAAUCCAGCAGCUUCCCUGGAAGCUUUAGAAAUGUUAACUAAAUCCAAUCCUGAUCUCUGGACCAGUAAUCAAGCUGGCAGUAGACACAAUUUACAUCAACUAGAACUGUUUCAUACACUGCAACAGCAAAAUAAAAAACAAUUAAGCAAAAACUCCGCAGCACAAGAGAAUGACGAAGAAGAUUUAGGUUAUUCCUUUUGUGAAGAUGAAAACGAUGAUGAAGAAGAUUUAGAAGAGAAACAGGCAACUGUUUCACCCCAUGUUAACGUUAUAAUGGCAGCCAAUAGUCAGACAGCCAGCCAAGUAAAAUAUGUUUUAACCCAAAAUCAUGGUGAGGUACAUAUUUAGUGAAAAAAAUAACCUUAAUUAACUGUAAAUAGACUUUAAUAUAAAACUAAUAACAAGCAAAAAAAAACCAAAAUCUAAGUAAAACAAAUCCUUGGCUUAAAAAACCACAAACCAAAAUUUUAUAUUAAAAACACAUUAAUAUAUAUAUAUAUAUUUUCUGUUUAUACACUGAAAGAAAACUUUAAGAUAAAUAGUAAAUAAAAAUGACUGUAAGUUUUUUUCAAUUUUU